AGAAUUUCCAGAUGUAUGGCAGCGAGGAAGAAGAAUGGUCUUGACAAGAGAUAUGUAUUACAUGGCCAUCCUCAGGGUGAUUCCCCCUCUCCACAUGCCAAGGGUUUAUACCAACCAUCUGUAAUAUUCAUGGGUCGGCAGACUUCCAGAGAGUCCACAGUUGAAGAUGCCACCAUAAGUGUACACUUACAACAAGCCGAGCAUCAUUCGCCCCAAUCAUCGCUCACGUGCCUCAGAACACCGGCAAAGUGGCCUUUUGAAGGACUCCAAAGUUUCCAGAGAGGUUGUUGCCGACAGCGGAGCGCGUUUAUCAGAUGACAUUUCAGGCUCAAACGAUUCCCCCGACGGCUGUAAUUUGAGUGACAAACAUGAAAGGAUGGCGGCAGUGGUUCCAUCCAGCUUAACAGCCAGUGCCGGCGUGCCUUUUGGAGGUGAUGAACAACCGCCUACACCUCGAGUGACCUUGACGAGGUCUGAGAAGAAUAGCCCAUCGCCCAGCAGUAUCAGCCAUAUGUUUGACAGGAAUUCACCUGCAGAAUACACUCGGGGUAGAGGGUCUGCCCAUCAAGAUAGCAUAAAAAAAGAUGUGGAGAGAGUCCUGCAAAGAUCACCGCCUCAAACUGACUUGGGGAAAUAAUCUCAAGAUGUGCCAGAGAGGAGUGAACCCCUCAGUAUAUCCAGUUCCAGUGUGGAGCUCUCCGUGACCAGCAGUGGAAGUGACCUGUCCAUCUCGCUGACUGAGUCUGACCUGGCUGAGGUACCAAAGGUGCCAGGCAAUGUGGUCUAUGUAGACGGCCAUAGCAGGAGGACACAUCCCACCAGGCCCACCAGAGGAGUGCUACACCCAGGGAGAGUGAUCUCCACAGCAUCAGCAUACACAGUCAAGAAACACUUGACACUCCAGAGCCUAGGAACAGACCUGAACCAAGUAGAUAAUCCACGUCUUCAGAAAUACCAUCGGAGAGCCUUUGUAACGCCAGGGAAGGCUUGAAUGGAGAGGACCUUGAUGCAUUUGGAGCAGUCGUCCUUCAUCAGCUUCAGAGGUUGUCAUAGACCAUGAUAAAAGGGAUGCCUGUUACCCAAAGAGAUAGUUAGCUUUAACUGGUCGACCACCGAGCCCAGGAAAAUAAGCUCCUGUCUCCCCCCUGAUGCUGCUCCUCUGUGGGAUCGCUGGUUCAAGCACGCCCUUCUGCUGAAGGACCACCAUGUCCUCACCACCAAGCGCCUCGUCCAGCUGUUCACUCCACUGCUGCUAUAGCACCAAGGCCAAAGUGCUGCUGAGGACACUUUUGUCCCGGUCCAGCGAGGAGUGCCCCACGGUGGAAGUGGACAGUGAGUCGUCUUCCUGUGGCCUUCCCUCAUUCCUCUACGACAGUGCUGCGGAGGUCCGACCAGUCAGACCUGCUCAGGAGCACCACGCCGCAGGGAUGCAAGGACUACAAAGUGGUGAAGAGGACAGCCAGGACGAGAGCCCCGUGGAAAGUAUUCCUAUUAGAGAAACAAAAGCAUAUAAGCUGCUUAAACAGUGCCACGCAGGAGAGGCAGCAGAGCUCUGGAGACGAGGAGGAGGAGGAUCUGUCAGGAAUAAAUUAUGGCUAUGAAGUGGAUACCGGGAGAGUUGAGCACUCCUCUCAUCAAGACCCUUACCCUUGGUAAGAA